CCAAAGAUCUCCCGCCGCCAGUUGUUGUAAUCUUAUGAAAAAAAUGAUCUAUUUAUAAAACCACCAUGUCGGUAUGUGUGCCGACUCACGUCCCGCAGUGUACCGAAACCGUCCGAACGAUGGUGAAGCAAAUUAUUAAAAUCGCCGAAAAGCCUGAAUUGGGCAGGCACGUGUUGGCCAACGUGGAUUUGGGCGAAUGGCAGAUCGCACUCAUCGAACGGCCACUGAUCCGAGGACCGUCGCAAGUAACAGGUCCGGUGUGCUUGGGUUGCCUAAAGUCAUUGACUUUGGAGACGGCUACUGAGUGUACAAAAUGCGGAUGGCCGAUGUGCUCAGACUCCAAGUGUUUAGACGACGAAUGGCACAAAGCCGAAUGCGACUGGACCGUAACGAAAAGGAAGCAAAAGGUAAAAAUCAAAGGGUUCGACGCGCCUCAUCCGAGUUACCAAUCCAUCACGGUGAUCAGAUGUCUGUACCAAAAGCACAACAACCCCGAGACGUGGGCCAAGUUGACUUGCCUGGAAUCACACUGCGCCAACCGUCGUGGCGGGUCCAAGUACGAGUCUGAUAAAAUCUGGAUCGCCGACUACUUGCAUAGGUUUUUCAAACUCGACCCGACCGAGUAUCCAACCGACGAGAUACUCAGGGUGUGCGGGAUAGUCCAAGUAAACGGACACGAGGUGCCGCUGACCGAUCCGCCACACGUGGCCAUCUACGACGUAGGAUCUAUGUUGGAGCACAGCUGCCUGCCCAACUGUUCAAAGACUUUCACGUCAGACGGCCGUUUGCUUAUUAGAACUGCUGGAUCGCCCGUCAAAAACCGCGAACACUUGUCCAUAUGCUACACAGAUCCGUUGUGGGGCACGCCGCAGCGACUGGCUCAUCUAGCGGAUACCAAGUUUUUCGUUUGCAAAUGCCCCAGGUGCUCGGACCCCACCGAAAUGGGCACUUACUUCAGUGGAGUCAAAUGCGAGGCCGAAGACUGUAUGGGCUACUUCCUGCCCAACGUUAGCCCGUCCGCCUCGGAUCCGUUCGACGUGAGUUGGACGUGCAAUUUCUGUUCAACCGUGGCCGACCCUAAUCGCAUCGAACAGUGUUUGGCUCACGUGGGCAAAGACUUGGCGGCCAUGAACCGUCGGGACCCGGGGCAGUGUCGCUUGUUUUUGGACCAUUAUGUGUCGGCUGGCAACUUGCAUCCUAAUCACUAUUAUUUCACCGACGUGCGUCUCAACCUGGCUCAGCUCUACGGUCAACUCGAAGGCCAACCGCUGGACAAGUUGUCUCAAGAACAGCUGAGCCACAAGAGGGAGCUGUGUCUGAAAGUACUGAAAAUAGCCGAUAUUUUGUUCCCGGCCGAAUGUCGUCUUCGAGGUUCGCUGAUGUUCGAGUUGCACGCGGUGAUGGCCGAAGAAGCCAGACGGUCCAACCAAGACACCAACUCGGUUGUCGAAGCCCUUCUGAGAUCGAAAAACUAUCUGGAACAAGCGGAAAACAUGCUCAAGCACGAGCCCGCGGAAAUGCCCGAAGGUCAGAUGGCCGCUCAGUGUAAGAAAAACGCGGUAGACUUGGAUUUGUUGCUGAAGAAACUCCACGACUCUCUUGGAGGAAUAGCACCUAUGUGAGUGUGGGACACGGCUUGUCAUGCUUAUAGACGUAAAAAGUGUAUGAUUAAAAAAAAUAUAUAUAUUAAAAAAAACAAACAAA